UAUCCUCCUUCAAUCUCUCUCCUAUCUAUCCAACAACACUUCCCACUUCUUAUCUAUCGAAUCAAAUCCACCAAAAUUGUUGUCAAUCAUACAUACCACAGCUGAAAACAGAGGACUCUGUUCUUGUGCUGCAAAAAUGGCUUCCCUCUAUGAAGUGCUUGGGAUUUCAGUGGGUGCAAGCUGCCUCGAAAUAAAGGCUGCUUACAGAAAGCUUGCUAGAACGUGCCACCCUGAUGUUGUGGCCAUGAAUCAGAAGGAAAGCUCAGCUAACCAGUUCAUGAUGAUUCAUUCAGCUUAUUCAACACUCUCUGACCCAGAGAAGCGAGCACAAUAUGAUAGAGAAAUCUAUAGAGUAAGAAGAUCAGCGAAUAUAGCUUCCAUGUCAGGAAGAAAUCAGACAUUUUCCUAUGCCGGAAGGAAAUGGGAAACGGACCAAUGUUGGUAGCAGUAGCAUACCAUAUAAAGAAUUAACCAUUUUGUUCUUUUCUUUAGUAUAAUUAUGUAGGCGCACUUCCUUGUACAUGGUUGAUGGCCUUGGGUGCUGCAAUUUGAUCCAUUCGUUAAUGAUAACCAUUGUUUCCUCUGUUCAACAAGUCUUUUCUCUCAAUCAGUCACCACUCACCUGCUUUCACUGCUGAUACAAAAUUAUAUAUUAAUGAUCUUAUAUUUAAGCCCAAAAAAUAUAAAAUAAAAUUAUAUAUAUAUAUAUUCUUUUUGGGUAAAAAAAAAGAAAAAGAUGAUAGCAUUAUACCAAGCUGAAAAAAUAGGGCUAGAAAUUCAUAAAGCUCGAACAAAUCGUUUCUUGUAAAUUAGCAUUUGAAACUGAAUUGGAUUUAAUUUUUUAA